GUAUGCUUAUUUAAGAGGUUUUGGGUGUCUUGUUAGUCGCCAAUUGCAUUCGGAUCUGAGAUCUGAAAACCGCCAAAAUAUCUAAUGCAUCGCUGCUGUCACUGUUCUUGCCUCAUUGUCUCGCUUCGGUCGAUUUCUUCUAUCGGCAUGUAUUAAGGUUUGUUAAUUGUUAUAGAGCCAUCUCCUCUCAAGUCAUGAGUGAACAGUGGUUUUGAGGUACGCCACUGAAGACUUCUGUCAAAUCAGAUUAUGGCUGCAAGCCUGCAAGUUACUCGUAACCAAAACAAUCAUUUUGAGUAAUGAAUUUACAAAGUAUCAUGACGAUUGGUGCAUGGGGAUGGGGUUUUCAUUUUAUCAUUGCAUUCCUUUUGUGUAAUUCAAAAGAAAAUAUAGACGGAUUAAUUUAUAAAUAUAAAAAACGAGGGCUUAUUUGUCAAAUUCACAUUUUUGUCCACUAUAUAAACCAGCAGACCAAAUAAACUGGACCUGUCAUGUCUUGGUUCUGAAACCAGAAACUAAACCAAGAAAGGAAGGAAAACACUUUCUCGGAAAAGGUCCAAAUUUACAUUAAUUUUUUUCUUUUUGCCACUUUUGGAUUCUGGUGAUUUUUCAAAAACAAAGAUCACGAGUGUCACUUGUGCUCUCUGUAACCGUUUCAUUUGGUCAAUUCAAUUAUAGAAACAAACCAAAAAAAGAAGACAGAACAUAACCCAAAAGUUUGAAGUGUUUUGCUGUCUUCUUCCUUUUCUUCAUUGAAAAAUCUAGAGUUUGUUAAGAAAAAAAAAGAAUGGAUUCUGAGCUUUAUAUCUUUGAUGGGUCUUCAUCUUCUUCCUCAAUUUGCCACCAUUCAAGUAGUACUGAACCAGAUAUGUUUUCUUCCGACACGACAACAACAACAGAUCUCUUUUGCAAAAAUCCUUAUCUCAAUCCUAUAGAUGAUCCAUAUCUUAAUUUCUUUGACAACUUUACCCCUACGACUCAUCAUCUCCUCUCUUUAUCUCCUCCACUCUCUCAACUCCAAACCCUUAACCUCUCCCACACUAACACGUUCCCCAGUUUCGAAAGCUUCGACCCCGUCAAGACAGAGCAUCCUCUGUUUAACUCUUCAGUCAUAGAAGAUUCAUCCAGUUUUCCGAAUCAGAAUCUCUUAAGCUCGCCGGAAAACUCUUUCCUCUCCGAUCACAUGCGACGUGUCUGCAGCACUGGAGAUUUGCAGAAUCCGAGAAUGGAUACUACGGGGCAACGAUCGUACUCGAGUCCUUUAGGUGCGGAGAGCUCAUGGACGACGCCGUUUCCCGGCGAAGAACAGGGUUUGAAGGUGGGGCGUUACGGUGCGGAAGAACGUAAAGAGAAGAUUUCAAAGUAUAGAGCUAAACGAACGCAAAGAAACUUCACCAAAACCAUUAAGUAUGCAUGCCGGAAAACGUUGGCGGACAACAGACCGAGAGUACGUGGCAGGUUUGCACGUAACGACGAAGUUUUAGAGAACCCCAAGAUUGCUUCUUCUUUCACUAUACAAGAAGACGACGACCUUUGGAAUUUGGAUGGGUUGCAUGAGGAAGAAGAAGCUUUUAUGAGUAGUUUUGUGGAAUGUCAGUCUCAGCCUCAACGACAAGUGCAAUACACAACUUCCUUCUGGUGAAAGCAUAUCUGUCCGAAGAAAAAGAAGAGCUGAAUAUUAUAUUUUCCGACUUAAUUUUAUAAUGGAAUGGAAUCAAAUCGAGUCAUAUAAUGGAUAUUUAUUUUUGAUUCUCACUUACAUCAAGAACAAAAACUAUGCGAUUUAUGACACUAUUGUAUAGUGCUACACCAGAAAAACAAUUCAAGUUCUUUAUAAACAACAGUAAUAAUUACAAAAUAUGAUUUAUUUUGGUAGAAUAAAAUUGUGGUUUAACUAGUCACUUAGCGA